AUGCUGAGAUUCUUAAAGGUAUGUCAAAUUCAUGUCAUCUGCUACUAUGAAGGCCUGAUUAGAGAAAAUACUUCAAGCAAUGUGAAGGGCAGUCAAAUAUAUAUUGGGAUACCCUAA